AUGACCUCAAUUAUCAAAUUACAAGUGUUCUCCGGAGCAAAAGACGAAGGUCCGUUAUGUUAUCUGCUCCAAAUUGAUGGCGAUUAUAUUUUGCUUGAUUGUGGUUGGGACGAAAGAUUCGAUACAAAGUAUAUAGAAGAACUCAAGCCAUUCAUACCAAAAAUCAGUGCAGUUCUAAUAUCUCAUCCUGAUAUUCUUCAUUUAGGAGCUUUACCCUACCUUGUUGGAAAAUGUGGAUUACAUGCUCCUGUUUAUGCAACAGUACCUGUUUUCAAAAUGGGUCAAAUGUUUAUUUAUGAUUGGAUUUAUAGUCACAAAGAUGUAGAAGAUUUUCAACACUUCUCUUUAGAAGAUCUUGAUUUAGCAGUUGAACGAGUAGAACAAGUUAAAUACAAUCAAACAGUUGUUCUAAAAGGUGAUUCUGGUGUAAAUUUCACAGCUCUUCCUGCUGGUCACAUGUUGGGUGGCUCAAUUUGGAGAAUUUGUCGAGUAACUGGAGAAGAUAUUAUAUACAGUGUUGACUUUAAUCACAAAAAAGAGCGACAUUUGAAUGGUUGUUCAUUCGAAAAUUUCAAUCGACCACAUUUAUUGAUUACUGGCGCACAUCAUAUUUCAUUACCACAAAUGAGAAGAAAAGAUCGAGAUGAAUUAUUAGUUAAUAAAAUACUUCGAACUGUUCGUCAAAGAGGAGAUUGUAUGAUUGUAAUUGAUACAGCUGGAAGAAUAUUAGAAAUUGCACAUUUAUUAGAUCAAUUAUGGUCAAAUACAGAUGCUGGUUUAUCUACAUACAAUUUAGUUAUGUUAUCGCAUGUUGCUUCGUCUGUUGUUCAAUUUGCAAAAUCACAAUUAGAAUGGAUGAAUGAAAAACUUUAUAGGUCAGUACAAUUCGAAAUUAAUUAGUAACAGUAUGGAAUUUUUGCAGAUAUGAUUCCACGCGUAGCAAUCCAUUUAAUCUUCGAAAUGUUCAUUUAUGCCAUUCCCACGAUGAUCUCAUGAAAAUACGAUCUCCACGUGUUGUUCUUUGCAGUAAUAUUGAUAUGGAAUCUGGAUUUUCUCGUGAAUUAUUUCUCGAAUGGUGUACAGAUUCAAGAAAUGGUGUUAUUCUCACAGGUCGACCAUCUAAUUUCACACUCGCUGCUAAAUUAGUUAAUUUGGCCGAAAACUCGGCGGAUGGAAAAUUGACAACUGAUGAACGAUUUUUGAAUUUGACUGUGAAAAAAAGACAACCUUUAGAUGGUGAAGAAUUGAUAGAAUAUCGAAGAAGAAAAGCGGAAAGAGAUGCUGAAGAAACACGGCAAAAGUUAGUUUUUUUUUUAAAUUUCUCUUUUCAAAUCAGUAUUUUGCUUUUCAGAAUGGAACGUGCUCGUCGUCAAGCUCAUAUAAUGAAUGAUGAAUCAGAUGACAGUGAUGAUGAAGAUUCUCUAAUUAUUACAUCAAAUCAUCAAAAAUUGGGACAUGAUCAAAAAGAUGAUUUCCAUAAUUCAGAUGUUCAUUGUUUCGAUAUAAUGGCAAAAUGGGAUAAUCAACAGAAACAAUCAUUUUUCAAAACAACAAAAAAAUCAUUUCCAAUUUAUCCAUAUCUUGAAGAAAAAGUUCGAUGGGAUGAAUAUGGUGAAAUUAUCAAAUUAGAAGAAUAUACUGUUGCUCCAUUGAAAGAUAUUGUUGUUAAAAAAGGAAAAGAUGAUCAGGUUAUUGUGAAAAAAGAAAGUGAAGAAGAUAUGGAACAUGAAUAUAAUGAACAUGAUGAAAGUGUUGAAGUUGAAGAAAUGCCAACUAAAUGUGUUGAAUACAAAUAUCGAGUAGAGGUUAGUUAUUUUUGCGUGAACUACGGCGUGUCUAUUGGGUUAUCAUUUCUUACUCAGAGAAAAGGUGGUCCAUGGGCAGCCCCUUGGAGUGCCCCGAGGGCUGGUCCUAAGGGCAACACUGGUGCAUUCAAGGGGCGGCCUAGGGGCAAUUAAGAAAAACUAGGGUAUGACGUAUUUAAAUUUUAAAAAUUUUGACGUGGAAAAAAUCAUUUCUGUUUUAAUUUUUAAUUUUCGCCAUGGCAAAAUUCAAAAAAUCUUGCGCCAGGAAAUCAUUCACAAUGGUGAUUACCUUCGGAAAUCUAGUUUAUCUAUUUGAUCAAAAUUAAUCGAAAUCAAAACAUAUUUCAAAGAGAAAACUUUUAUUUUAUAAAAAUGAAGCUUCUCAGAAUUCUCAUUCAUAGUUUUCGGAAUUUCGGCCCUGCUAUACAUUCUCGAAAUAACAGUCGGAACAUCGAAUAAUAAUUUUCUAAUGAGCACAUUCUCUGACUUCUGCAAUUUCGGACUUGGGACUAUUACUUAAGUGAACAACCAAAUUUGAUCAUUUUUUUUCUGGAUCACGCGAAAAAUGUUUUUCCAUUUUUUUUUGUUUUUGUUUUUUUUUCAACCAGGUAAAAAUCUUGCCACGUUUGACUUGUCAAAAAAUACGUGGCGAUACGUGGCGGCCUUUUCUCUUGUUUUUCUCGUUCUCGUCCAGUCAGUACUAAUUAUUCGCUUUCAGGAAAUGGUGAGUUAACAAAAUGAUAAUUCAAAAAACGGUUUUGUUUUCAGAUUUUGCUUCUACAGUACACAUGUUGAUCAAAUGGUUCGCCUCAAAUGAAAAAAAGGGUAAAUAAUUCAUUCCUCUAGCUAAUCUAAUUUUUUCAUUUUUCAGUUAUCGCAAGAAUUUCGGGAUGGACGAUGGAUUUUCAAAAAUUCUUGCUGCCAAUAAAUAUAUUUUUUUUUGAAUUUUGAUUUUCGCAGUAUUAUACAGAUAGCUCACCUCCAAAGUCUCAAAAAAUUCGGAACGUUUUUCCACAAAAUCUGUGGAAUUUGGGCCCUAAUUUUGAGAAACUUUGAAUUUCGGCUGAUUUUCAAAAAUACUGAACUUUUUUAAACCAAAAUGUUAAGGUUUCAUCCAAAUCUUUUACUUUCAAAAAAAUUUCCAGUUAUUUUCUUAAUUACAGAAAAAUAACAAAAAGUUGAGAAUUUCAAAAAAAAAAUGGUUCAGAAGUAUUUUUUUUGGAAGUUUUUUGAAACUCGGGUCAGAAUUGGGUUUUAAACAGUUUUUGUUUGAAUUUUGGCUAUUCUGGCAAUACCAACUUUGAAAAAAAAAUCAAAAUUUCGAAUUUUUUCAAAUAUUGGAGGUGAAAAUAACAUAAGAUAAUGUUCUAUCAAACUACACGAUACAUCACCAAUGUUGGUAAUCAGGCCUGUACCGGAAUUACUGAAUUUUCCGGUUUUUCCACGAAAAAGAUUUUUCGAGUAUUAAAAAUCUGGAAAUGUUCUGUUUUCCGGGUUUCCCUUUUCCGACACAGGCCUGUUUCUGAUGUAUGGAGAAAAAUUUUCAAAUUCCGAAAAUCCAGAAAAAAAUUUACGUCAAAAAAAAUUUUUUUUUCGUGACCUAAAAAAAUGAUCAAAUUUGGUUGUAUACGUAAAUGCGUGUGGACUUGGGCAGCGUGAGAUGACAUAAUUUUCCAAAUUCACAAAUAUUCCAAAUAGAAGUACUCAUAGAAAAAAUUCCUUGAUUUCCUGUUCCUGCUUUUCACCUUGCAAUUUUUUGGGACAUAUAAAAUAUAAUAAAUCGGAAUUGAGUUCCCCACUAUUUUCUUGAAUACCGAAAUAAGUGAAAUGAAAGAAAUUUAUUAUUUUUUGUGAUCGAAGACGUAACUAGGUCACAAAACUAGGUCACGUGCUCAAAAAAUAUCCUUCAAAUUAUUUUUCCCAUUAGAAAAUUUGCCCUUCGUGCUGGUCCGAAGGGCAACACCCCGAAAAUAGGGGCAAACCAAAUUCCUACGGGCAGCCCCGGGGCAAAAUUUUCUCUGAGUAUUUAAUUCUUUAAAAAAUAUUGUUGUUAAUAUUUUCGAAACGUGAACUAGUCGUGGCAUUGUGCAGUUUUUGGAAUUUAAUUUCAUUUCUCAAAUCCUCCAGGUUGUAUGCCGUGUCGAAUUCAUUGAAUAUGAAGGCAUUUCCGAUGGAGAAUCAACUAAAAAACUAUUAGCUGGUCUUCAACCAAGACAAAUUAUAAUUGUUCACGGAUCAAUUCAAGAUACUCGUGAACUUUUUGCAUAUUUCAAAGAUCACGGAGUUGCUCAAGGAAAAAUAGAUGCACCCGCAAUUGGACAACUUGUUGAUGCAUCUGUCGAAUCAUUCAUUUACCAAGUUGCUUUGAGUGAUGCACUUUUGGCUGAUAUUCAAUUCAAAGAAGUUAGUUUUUUUCGGGUUAAAGAAUUCUUCAAAGUUUCUUACUUUUUUCUUCUAGAAAAAUGUUGAUAUUUUCAACAAAAAAGAAACGAAAAUUUUCAUUGCACCAAUUUUUUUCUCUGAAAAAAAUGUCUGAAAGUUUUCUUACAACACAGUUGUGAUUUUCAGAUCUCCGAAGAAAAUGGUCUUGCUUGGAUCGAUGCUCGAGUUGUUGAAAAAGAAGCAAUCGAAGGAUUAACAGCUCUUUCAAUCACCGAUCAACACCAACAUCAACAAUCUUCUUCUGAUUUAAAUAAUGAGGAAAAUGGCGAAGAACCAAUGGAUCAAACUGAACAAAUUCCAACAAAAGAAAGAAUACGUGGCAAUUUGAUUCUUGAUAUUUUACCAAAUAAGCAGAUUCCAUGUCAUGAUGUAAGUUAACUGUUUUUUCUAGUCAUCAGGCCUAACUCAAUAUCUUUACAGGCUGUUUUUGUGAAUGAUCCAAAGCUUACUGAUUUCAAAAAUGUUUUGACAGAAAAAGGAUAUAAGGCUGAAUUUUUGAGUGGAACUUUGUUAAUAAAUGGAGGUAUGUUUUUUUCUGUUUUUUAAUAUCUCAAUUCAAGUUUUUUAUCUUCAGGAACGUGUUCGAUUCGUCGAUGUGAAACUGGGUAUUUUUUGUUGGAAGGCGCACUUUCAAAAGAUUAUUAUAAACUUCGACAUUUGUUUUAUGAUCAAUUUGCUGUUUUAUAA